AUGUCUUCGAUGAAUCAGAAAACUCCCGGAGGUCCGACCAAAUAUGAUUCGGAUUACCUUGAAGAGAAAGACGUCGGAGUGGAAGUCUCUUCACCUAGUGCAUUUCUCUCAGAACCGCACAAAUCAUACCUGAUUGCACGACAUGGCACUUUCGACCUUGAUCCGAUCCCUAGCAUGGAUCCGGCCGAUCCAUAUAAUUGGGCUUCUUGGAAGAAAACAGCCAAUUUAAGUCUAGUUGCAUUCCAUGCCUGCAUGGGUACCUUCACUGCCGCAGCCAUCAUUUGCGCCUACGAGAACAUUGCCGAAGAUUUGGAGGUUUCAAUUCAGCGGGUGAGUUAUCUCACCUCGCUGCAGAUUGCUAUCCUAGGAGGAGCCCCCUUAUUCUGGAAGCCACUUUCCCACCGUUUUGGGCGACGUCCAAUCUUCCUCUUGUCCUUGCUUCUGAGCUGUGUCUGUAAUGUUGGCUGCGCAAAGAGCACAGACUACGCCACCAUGGCGGCAUGCCGAGCUCUUGUGGCUUUCUUCAUCUCCCCAGCCAUGGCUAUUGGCAGUGGUGUUGUUACCGAGACAUUCUUCAAGCAUGAAAGGGCACGCUAUAUGGGCGUCUGGACUCUCAUGGUAACUCUCGGUGUGCCGGUCGGUCCUUUCAUCUUUGGCUUCGUGGCUCAACGCGUCGGAUAUCGCUGGAUCUAUUGGAUAUUGGCAAUUACUAAUGCCGUCGAGUUUAUCCUAUAUGUCUUCUUCGGCCCUGAAACCCGCUAUAUCGGCGCCGAUAUCCAAUCCAAGUCAUCCGCUUUCAAGGCUGAGUAUAUGUCUUUUCGGCGAAUCGAUCCUACACCAUUCAAAAUGAACGAGUUUUGGCACCCGCUCACUUUGUUCACAAACAUCCCCGUCCUACUUGCAGCAAUCGCCUACUCGAUGGUCUUCCUAUUCUGCUCGGUUCUGAACUCAGUCGAGGUACCCCAGCUUCUGCAGAGCAAGUUCGAACUCAAUGCUCAACAACUCGGUCUUUCAUUUUUGGGCUUGAUCAUCGGUUCCCUUCUUGGUGAACAACUCGGUGGAUAUAUGUCUGAUCUGUGGAUGAAUACUCGUGCUCGCAAGAUUGGAGAGAAGCCUGCUCCAGAAUACCGCCUAUGGCUGAGCUAUAUUGGCUUCCUGUUAAGUAUUGCUGGUAUGGCUGUGUUUUUGGUCUGCACAGAGCAAGCUGCCACUGGUAAAUGGGAUGUCCGACCUAUAGUUGGCACAGGCGUUGCUGCUUUUGGCAAUCAGGUUGUAACUACUGUGCUCACUACCUAUGCGGUCGACACGUAUCCCCAGGAUGCAGGCAGUGUGGGCGUAUUCAUCAACUUUGUGCGCUCGACCUGGGGCUUCAUUGGACCUUUCUGGUUUACGUCCAUGUUUGAGAGUGUUGGUAUCGCUGCUAGCGCUGGUGUGGCUGCCGCUUUGAUAAUGGGCGCGGGAUUUAUCCCGAUGGCAUUGAUGCAUUGGCAGGGAAACAAAUGGUACAAGGCCGAUUGA